GUUCCGGAAGGACCCAUUACGGUGGUGCACAUGAAGAGAGUUGCUUGAUGGCUGCCAAGCAGCAGACGGCUAACUGUGGCUGUAAAGGCAUUCGAACUUGCCUGAUAUGUGAGGCAAAUGAUGAUAAACGACAGCUGAUCAAGAAAGCCUCGUUGCAUUAUGAUUUUAUCUAUGAUCAGGAGUCAAAAUUAGCAGUGCCAAGUGCUGGUAAUGUCCAUCAGGCUUUUCCAUUUCCUGGUGUGUUCCUGUGGGAAAACUUUGUCUCAGAGGAUGAGGAAAGAGAGCUGGUUGCCAAAAUGGACCAAGACGUCUGGAGAGACUCUCAGUCUGGUCGGCGUAAACAGGCAUUUGGACCGAAAGUAAACUUCAGAAAACGGCGUGUAUGCCUUGGUGGUUUCAGUGGCCUCCCUGCGGUCAGUCAUAAGCUAGUGGACAGGAUGACCAAAGAGCCGCUGCUGGCUGAUUUCCACCCUGUAGAACAGUGCAACCUGGAGUACAGCCCUGAACGCGGCUCAGCCAUCGACCCUCACCUGGAUGACAGCUGGCUGUGGGGCCAGCGCCUGGUCACUCUCAAUCUGCUCUCUGACACCAUGAUCACUAUGAGCUUAGACCAGGGCUGGGGAGAUAUGGACCAAGGUGAGGUCAGGGUGGCUAUUAAUAUACCUCGAAAGAGUUUAUUUGUGAUGUACGGUGAGGCGCGCCAUCGAUGGAAACACGCCAUACACCGGGAGCAUAUACACAGCCGGCGGGUGUGCAGCACCUUCAGAGAGCUGACCCCUGAGUUCCUGCAUGGUGGAGAGCAGGAGAAGCUCGGGUCAGAGCUGCUGGAUCUGGCAUCAAGCUUUAAAGGUGUUCCUGUGUAAAAAGGGUUUCAGCGUUAACAGAUUUUUUAUGUAUUAACUGAAUGAAUUCGCUUGAAUUCAAUACACUCAAAUGUUUGUUUUUAAACAUGAUGCAAGUACAUAUUGGAUAUUUGCUUGAGAUGUCACUCAAUGUUGCGACAUGCUCAUGUAUAAUAUUAAUCUAAAUGGAUUAAUUCAAUGAUAAAGAUUCCUUUCUUGACGAAGAGCAACAUGAAAACAAUUGAAUAAGUGAUAUUUGAAUAUUUGAAAGAAGCUAUGUUUAAAUAUUAAUUUGCUUUUAAUAAA